AUGUCAAAUCUGAAACUUCUAGUAGCAUUAAUUGGUCUUGUUUGCUGCACCGCUGCUGCUAUCGCGAAACAGGAGAACCCGGACCUUGACAGCGACGAGUGGUCAGACUGGAAAACCACCUUUGGCAAAACCUACACUGAUGCUGCUGAGGAGAAGGAGAGAAGGUUCGUAUGGGAGGAAAACCUGAAGCUGAUCAACUUGCACAACACUGACAAGAAAAAAGGAUAUACACUACGAAUGAACGGAUUUGGGGAUAAGAGACUGCAUGAGUUCCGUAAUACCCUGAUUGGCUACAGGACCUCCAAUUAUACCAUGCAACAAGGAAGCACCUUCUUGAAUCCAUCCAAUGUUAAUUUACCUGACACCAUUGAUUGGAGAACAAAGGGAUACGUCACUCCAGUCAAGAAUCAGGGCCUAUGCCACUCCGACUGGGCCUUCAGCACUACCGGAUCGCUCGAAGGACAGAUGUUCAGGAAGACAUCAAAACUGACCAGCCUCAGCGAACAGAACCUGAUCGACUGCUCCAGCAGUUAUGGAAAUGAAGGCUGCCAGGGCGGUUUCAUGAACAAUGGCUUCCAAUACAUUCAAGACAAUGGCGGUAUCGAUUCGGAGGAUUGCUAUCCCUACCGUGCAGAGAGUCAGAUAUGUCAGUACAACCCCUCAUGCAAUUCUGCUGAAGUCACUGGAUAUGUUGACAUCAAGCGUCAGGAUGAGGACGCCCUCAAGUCAGCUGUUGCUGGGGUUGGACCUAUCUCGGUUGCCAUAGACGCCUCUCACUUAUCUUUCCAAUUUUACCAUGCCGGUGUGUACGAUGAACCCCAAUGUGGUAACACUAUAGGCCAACUGAGUCAAGGUGUUCUAGUUGUUGGUUAUGGAAACUAUGGAGGAGAAGACUAUUGGCUCGUUAAAAACAGCUGGGGGACAAGCUGGGGUUUAGAUGGUUAUAUCAUGAUGUCUCGAAACAAGAACAACCAGUGCGGUAUCGCUACUCUGGCUAGCUAUCCACUCGUCUAAACAUUCAUAUUGUGGCGUAUAUGAAAUAUAGGACUACCUCAUGGGGAGGGGCAUAUCUAGAAGCGGAUUUCGUUUUAAAAAACGACAUGCCCGGUUGCUUUUUUGUGCC